GGCUCAUACUACGAUAUAUGCUAUUGAAUUUUGGAAAUCAAGUAGAGAUUACUGACAUUCAUCUCUCCGAGGUUCCAGAGGGUUACUUCGAGAUUCCACAAUACUAUAGGUUUGUUUACAAAGAGAAACCACGGGGGCACUAGGCCAGCACUAACUUCACUCAGCAGCGAAUAAAUAAAGCGCUGAAGCUUACCUACGCCAACUUUCAGUUUUUAUAUACUUGUAUGUGUGUAUACAUGUACUUAGUUAUUGCAGAAGACUUGGCUUAGAGCAAAGUGAAGUUUUAUCUAAUUUAACGAGAAUUCGAAGCACGCAAUUCUGCACGAAGCAAAUGGACGAUGCAUAUGGCAGAUUUAGAGAUCAGAAUAAUGGUACGUUAUAUAAACAACAAACAUUUUUAGAACAGUUUCAAAGACAGAACGGCGGUAGACUAUGCAAAUUCGGAGCUUUGAAUGGAAGUAAUUUAACGAAAAAAGUGGUUAUUAUAAACAAAUAUAUACGGUGCGGUAGAAAAGAGUUGACAUUUUUUUAGGUCUAUAUGUAUUGUUUAUGAGACCACAAUUUGUGAAGAACGUUUUAUUAAAAUGUCACCGAAAUCCAUAUACUAUGGACUUUUGCUGAUUUUUGUGUUCAUUUUAGCGGUGAAUGCCGCUUGUGUUUGCCAAGAGAAAGGCGUCGAUUACUGUGCCAAGUGCAAGGAACCCACAUUCGUGCGGCCUAAACCACGUCAUGGCUGUCUCAAUCCAGAGUUGGAUCUCACACCCAUCGGCAACAGCUGUUCCUGCGACAAGCUAUUCGUUGAACCGGCUGCAUUGCCCAAGCCAUGCAGUAAUAAAAAGCCAGCACCGAAAAAUUCAGUAUGUAAAUGCUCAGCGCCGUCGCCAAGCUCUAGUUACUAUCCACCAACACCAACAGUUUAUGAAACACCGCAAACAGGUGACUAUUACAAGCCAGCACCACUGCCAUCAACACCAUCAUUAUCGUACAAAUCGUCAUCAUGCGGUUGCUCGUCGGCGUCGACAAUUCCUGCAUAUCCUCUACCAGAUGCAACUUAUGCGCAACCACAAGACAGCACAGUACCAGCCGAUCCGAUAAGCAUAAGUCUGGCUUUGCAGGCUAAUAAAGCGAUAGCGGUGCCUGAAGCCAAGCUAGCCUAUGGUUUUGCGAAGAAGCCGAUUGAUAGCAUGAAGAAAAUCACCUUCUCCAAUGUACCAGAGGAAAAUCUCUUCAAACUGAACAAUAAUGUUAUUACAUUCAAAAAACCGAAGCUUACACCGGCUCCAUUGUCUGAAGAGGAGGAAGUCGAAGAAGAAGAAUUAGUGGACACGGCAGAUACCCCUGCACAACUUACGUACCAGCAAUUGGGUUAUGUGCCGGAACAUUUUAAGAAUCCGAAAUUUCGGAAAGUCAGUACAGCUUAUAGUGACGAUUACUAUUCACAUGAAGCCGGUUACCCGUUACCGUAUAAAGUGAAGGUGGAUUGUGGUUUUAAACCCGGACGCAUGGCGGCGUACUUCAAACGAAAGCCACAAAAUGAGCCGGCAGCUUAUUACUAGUGGUUAUCAAAUUGCAAAGAUAAGAACUUGCUAAUUUAUUUUCUUUAAAUGUAUAGUAGUUGCAUGUAUUUUUUUCAUAAAACCCCUUCGUUAGACUAAGUUCGUUAAGGCAUUUUUUAUAAAUAAAAUAUUAAAAAUAUAUAAAGUAAAAUUCCUCGUUACGGACAGUUCUCUGGACAUUUCCCAUAACUGAACAAAUUUCAUCAAAAGAACGUUUUCAUUAUUAUUUUCAUAUGUACAAAAACAAUUAGUAUAAGCGGUCAUACGUUUUAAUGACCGGACACGGACACUAUUUUAUUAUUAUUUCGUUCAGAUUAUGUCUGAUAAACGGACAAGAUUUCAUAAAAUGUGUCAAAAAUCGUGUACAAUUUAUAGUCCCGGCUGUACAUUUAAACAAUCCUUUUGGUCACGACCUCAUUUAUGAACAGCUCCCCUAUGGACAAAAACACUGGGACGGUGGGUGUCCGGUGAUGAGGAAUUUCACUGUAAUUGUUUAUUGUCCUUUUAUUGUGUAA